AUGAAUGGUCAUAUUUACGUUGAUGCAUUUUCGUUGCUACUAAACUACCAUUUGUGGUAUGUUUUGACAUCCGUUCGUGUUGAUUUCAUUUGGAGGGAUUCAAGAGCAAACAAACUUUUCAUGGUUCUCAUUGAUCAAAAUAGAGAGAAAUUGUUAGCAGUUGUUCCACAACAAAUGAUGCGCUUUAUUUACGGAGGGAAUCUAUUGGGUGGUGUGUUUUCUUUAAACCAUUUCCAAAUCGAACCAACGAGUAUCCGAGAUAUCAAGAAUACAGUUUAUUACGUGUGUUCAAUGGGGACUGUAGAUAAGGGAAACGAAAACUGUGAUGAUUCCCAAAACCCGAUAGAUAUAGAAAAAGAAAAUCGAAAAAGAUACAAUAGAAACUAUUAUGCACGAAAAAAGGAGAAAAACAAAAAGAGAAGAAUAGCUAACGGUGAAGGAUGUAGUCAACCUACAACACUCACAAGUUGCACUAUAAUGGAGACAAACGAAAUAAAUAUCAACGAAGAUUCCUCUGUGAGUGUUAUAAGUGCUGCUCAGAGGACGAGUACUUAUAAUAAAGAAUAUUAUCAACGAAGAAAGGAACGAACUAUAAUGACAAAAAGAAGAGUAUACGCCUUUCAGGACGAUCGGUAUGAUUUUGUUUAUGAAAAUAUCCGUAUGGAACAUCGUAUAUUAAAGGCUCAAAACCCUUGUGUUUAUUGUGGAGCAAAGCGACUACAAUAUGAAUUCCCUACCUUUUGUUGCAUGAGUGGGAAGACAAAACUGGCACACUCCCCUAUUCCCACAGAGUUGCACCAACUCUUCACAAGGCAAGAGCAGCUAGAAGAAAGCUUCAGGUACAAUAUAAGGGCGUAUAACUCAAACUUUUCUUUCGCAUCACUAGGUGUAAAUGUGGAUAAAGAAUUGGCCAAUAUGAAUUCUGGAGCUUACACUUUUUGUGCGCACGGAACACUCUAUCAUAAUAUCGAUCAGCUAAUUUCAAGGGAUGGUAAAUCGAGGUAUUUACAGUUGUAUUUUUAUGACGGUGAAGCUGAAGUAUCACAAAGAUCCUCCUGGAAGAAUGUUGAUAGAAGAAUCAUCCAAAAACUAACACGUAUUCUAGCUUCGAAUCCGUACGUCAGAACAUUUAAACAACUUUCUGAUCUAGGACCGCUUGAUAAUUAUAGAGUGACUUUGAAUGCAUCGGUGGAGCUUGACCAAAGGGUGUACAAUAAGCCUACGACAUCUGAGGUUGCUGGUAUUUGGGUUGAAGGAAAUGACAACAUCACUGCAUAUAAAAGAAGUAUUAUUGUCUACGGGAGGUCUAACUAUAGUACUGAAAUUCAACCUCACUUUGGUUGUUAUGAUCCUUUGUCGUAUCCUUUAUUCUUUCCUAAUGGUGAGUCUGGAUGGCAUCCUAAAAUACCAAGAUAUGGGGUGGCCAUGGAUGAAAUUAUUAGUGACAAUGAAGACAAUGAUGAAGGUUCAGAAGGCAGAAACACUGUAAGUAUGCGGGAGUACUAUUGUUACAAGUUCCAGAUACGGUCGAAUGAUAAUGUGAUUUUGAUGGGAGGGAGAUUGUUCCAGCAGUUUGCAGUAGAUACCUAUAUAAAGAUUGAGACUACACGUUUGGUUUUUGUUGAAAAGAACCAAACCAAAAUUAGAGCUGAUUUAUACCAGGGCAUUGUUGAUUGUUUUAAUGCCGGUGAGGCUCAACCAAGUAGGGUUGGACAGAGAGUUGUGUUACCUGCAAGUUUCAUUGGAGGUCCACGUGACAUGCGCCGAAGAUUUCUGGAUGCCAUGGCUUUAGUUCAAGAUGAUGGGAGGCCUGAUAUAUUUCUUACAAUGACUUGCAACCCAAAAUGGAAAGAAAUCGAUGAUGAGUUAUUGCCUGGACAGUCAGCUCAAGAUCGACCGGACCUUGUUGCAAGAGUUUUUCAUGCUAAGUUAGAGGAUCUCAAGGUACAAUUAUUGCAGAGACAUAUAAUCGGUGUGGUGGGGUCAUAUGUGUAUGUGAUAGAUUUUCAAAAGCGUGGAUUGCCACAUGCACAUUUCCUCUUAAUAAUGACCCCUGGAUAUAAGAUGAAUAAUCCAGACGAUUAUGACAAACUUGUGUGUGCGGAAAUUCCCGACCCAAUAAGAUAUCCUAGGCAAUUCAAUGAAAAGACAUCACAAGGAGAGGACUCAUAUCUAUUAUAUAGAAGGAGAAAUAAUGGAAUUGAGGUUACUGUAAGAAAUACAUCAUUGGAUAACAGAUGGGUGGCUCCAUACAACCCGAAGUUGUUAAUGAUGUUUAAUUGUCAUAUCAACGUUGAGGUUUGUUCGAGUAUAAAGUCUGUGAAGUACCUCUUCAAAUAUGUUUAUAAGGGCCAUGACAAACAAGUUAUCCAUAUUGAUAAAGACCAAGAAAAUGUUGUUAUUAAUGAGAUAAAAAAGUUUCAAGACGCACGUUAUGUGUCCCCUCCCGAGGCAUUAUGGCGAGUUUUUAGCUUUCCUCUAUCAAAAAUCCACCCUUGUGUGUUGGCGUUGCAAAUACAUCUCCCGAAUCAACAGUUGGUUAGGUUCAAAGACGUUGACAGAAUGGAAGACAUUGUUGAUAGAAAGAAAGAAAAAGAUUCAAUGUUGACGGCAUUUUUCAAGAAGAAUAAAGAAGAUUCCAAAGCGAGAGAAUAUUUGUAUAAGGAUUUUCCCAAACAUUUUACAUGGAAUCGGAGCAACCAUUGUUGGAGGAUCCGGGAACAUAAAUCAAUGGUUGGUCGACUUGUUUAUGCUAAUCCAGCUGAAGGAGAGAGAUACUACCUACGCCUGCUUUUAUGUCAUAUCACCGGGCCUACCUGCUUUGAAGAUUUAUACACAGCAAAUGGUGUAUUACACCCUACAUUUCGAAAAGCAGCUCUUGAAAGAGGUUUAAUAGAGACGGAUGAUAAUUUAUCACAGUGUCUUGAAGAGGCUUCCUUAUUUCAAUUUCCCAGCGCACUUAGAAGGUUAUUUGCGACGAUGCUGAUUUUUUGUGAACCAGGAAAUGUUCGCAAGUUAUGGGACGACCACUAUGAUUCUCUUUCUGAAGAUUACAGGAAACAAUAUGGAUGCGCCGAGCGAGUGCAAAAUAUGGUCCUCAUCGACAUUAGAGUCUUCCUAGAAUCUAUGAGUAAAAAGCUUAGUGAUUACGACCUUCCAAAGGUCAGUGCACACAUCGAUUUACAAUCAAGAGGCUAUCGUGAGGUGCAAGAAGAAUACUCUAUAAAUGUGGAAUAUGAAGACUUACAUGCGCGAGACUCUCUCAAUCCAGACCAGAAGUUUGCAUAUGAUGAGAUAAUGAGGCAUGUGGAUCAAAAUAUUCCGGGUGUCUUCUUCAUAGAUGGUCCCGGUGGAACUGGAAAGACAUUUUUGUACAAAGCUUUGUUGGCUAAUAUUCGUGCUCGUGGUCUUAUUGCACUUGCAACUGCCACGUCAGGUGUUGCGGCUAACAACAUGCCAGGAGGGAGAACAGCUCAUUCACGAUUUGGAAUUCCGCUCAAUCUUGAUAAUAACUCGAUGUGCAAGAUCACUAAACAAAGUGGGAAGGCUCAGGUACUUCGCGAGGCAAAGGUAAUCAUAUGGGAUGAAGCAGCAAUGGCUAAGAGGCAGGCAGUAGAAGCAGUUGAUCGCACAAUGCAAGACAUCACAGAUGAGAAGCUCCCUUUCGGUGGAAAGAUAAUGGUUAUGGGAGGUGACUUUAGACAAGUGUUACCGGUCGUGAGACGUGGCACUCGAGCACAAAUUGUCGACUCUAGCUUACGAAUGUCACCUCUAUGGGCUUCAGUUAAAAGGCUUCGAUUAAGUAUCAACAUGAGAGCGGUAAAUGACCCAUGGUUUUCUGAUUUUUUAUUACGAGUCGGUGAUGGAAAGGAGGAAACAUUGGACGAGUCCUAUAUUCGUAUGCCUGAUAACAUGUCCAUUCGGUACACUGAUAAAACUAAAUCAGUGGACGCUCUGAUUGAUGCAAUAUUUCCUUCUUUGGAAUCCAACGGCGCCGACUCAAAAUUUAUCAUUUCGAGGGCGAUAGUGUCAACUAAAAAUGAAAGUGUUGAUGAGAUUAAUAAUAAGUUGAUCGAACGAUUUUCUGGCGAGCAAAAAGUUUACUAUAGUUUUGAUGAAGCGGAAGAUGACAAAAAUAACUUAUAUCCGAUGGAGUAUUUGAACUCGCUAAAUGUUAGUGGUGUACCCCCUCAUUAUCUUCGGUUAAAAACUGGGUGCCCUGUAAUACUUUUGCGAAAUAUCGAUCCUUCAAAUGGGUUAUGUAAUGGCACCAGAUUGAUAUGUCGAGCUUUCCAACAAAAUGUCAUUGAUGCAGAGAUAGCGGUUGGCCAACAUGCUGGAAAAAGAGUGUUUUUACCAAGAAUUCCUCUAUGUCCGUCUGACGAUGAGAUGUUCCCACUCAAACUUAAAAGAAAGCAGUUUCCAAUUCAACUUAGUUUCUCUAUGACAAUCAAUAAAGCUCAAGGACAAACAAUUCCAAAUGUAGGUGUUUAUCUACCAGAAUCGGUAUUCUCACAUGGCCAGCUUUAUGUGGCGUUGUCCAGAGGAAUAUCACGUGUCAAUACCAAGGUAUUAGUAAAGCCGGAAAAAACGUUUCAUAAUGAUGGAAUCUACACAUCAAACGUUGUGUACAAAGAAGUGUUAUGUGAUUAA